GUGUGUGGAGGGGUGUGUGUGCGUGUGUGUGGUUAUAUGCAUGUAGAGACGCACGCCUCUCUCUCCUUUAUUCCCUUUCUGCUCUUUAAGGGCUUUACCACUACAACCAACAUCCCAAAGCAGGCCACUCACCACAUUACCUCUGCUCUUUCGUCUCCUCCAAGACCAAUGCCUGGACUCCAGCGGCUUCAAAGGACAUCUCUGGAGGCAAGCAACUUUUUAGAAGAGUGAUAAAUGUUUGGCGUUUGCUCUUGGCUUUCCGGCCAGAGCUACAUGUGCUGGGCUGAGCGUUGGAGCUACUAUACGGUGCAAACCUCUGUUUCCUGUGUGUGUAUGUUCUCUGUCUGCUUUCACACAAAACAGCAGGAGGAUAAACUUACCCCAAGAAGACUCUGGAUGCAAACGCAAACAGUAGGACUGGCCAGAUAAGGAGAAGUGAAAGUUUUAAACCAGACUGGAGAAACAGGAGUUGAAACCAGAAGAAAGUAAAGCAGAAGACUUGAUUCUACAGAAGCACAGAAGGAAAUUUCACUAAAAGAACACACGGAAGGGAAACCUAACUCAGCCACCCUAAAUAGGUGGUGAAGGCUCCUUUCCUCCCACCCCCCUCCCUGCUUCUCUGUUCCCCCCUCCCGCUGCAACAUGGGCCACCUCCUCUCUCUUACUCUCAUCUACCUGGCCUACCUGCUGGCCACAGGGAUCGCCUCCCAGCGUCAGCAGCACCACGUGCAGCACGGCCCUUGCACCUACACCUUCAUUCUCCCAGAGGUUGAGCAUUGCAAGCCCCUAAAGGAUUUCCAGGUGACAAACACGCUGCAGAGAGACUCGCCACCCGAGACCGAGCCGGACAAAAGUCGUUCCAAGGACAGUUUAGCAGAAGAGGAAAGGCCUUCGUGGCAGCAGCAAAAGUUGGAGACUCUGGAGAGCGCCAUGGAGAAUAACACUCAAUGGCUGCAGAAGUUGGAAAACUUCAUCCAGGAGAAUGUACGCUCCGGUGUGGAGGAAAUAAAGAGGUCAACAGUCCACACCCAGACGGCCGCCAUGCUGGAGAUGGGAAACAACCUCCUCAGCCAAUCAGCAGAGCAGACUCGCAAACUCACAGAUGUUGAGACCCAGGUGCUAAACCAGACAAGUCGCCUAGAGAUCCAGCUGCUUGAGUACUUGCUCUUUACGAACCGCCUAGAGAAACGCAUUCUCCUACAGACCCAAGAAAUUUCACGCCUUAGUGAUAAAAACAGCUUUCUAGAACAGAGGCUCUUAGCGCUGGAGGCGCGGUAUGGGAAGGAGCUGCAGGACUUGCAGGGUGAAAAGCAGCAGCUUCAAGAUGUUCUGGAGAGGCAGAGUCGCCUGGUCAGCCAGCUCGAGGGUGAGCUCGGAAGCUCAACGCUCAACAGCACCACACUGCAGAGGCAGACAGACACUGUCGAGCAGCUGCUGACAAGAGUCAGACAAUGCAAUGAAAUCUCCAACUUGCCCAAAAAGGAGAGACGCGCUUUCGGGGACUGCGCAGAGAUUCUCCGAUCUGGGGCAAAGGAGAGUGGAAUAUACAGAAUACGACUGCACAACUCCACCCAGGACGUGAAGGUGUAUUGCGACAUGAAGACCAGAGGUGGCGGGUGGACGGUGCUGCAGCAUCGAAGGAACGGCUCGGUCGACUUCCACCGCAGCUGGAACGACUACAAAAUGGGCUUUGGAGAGCCAUCAGGGGAACACUGGCUGGGAAACGAUAUCAUUCACAAGCUGACCAGCUCACAGGAAUACAGUCUGCACAUCCAGCUCCGAGACAGAGAGGGGAACGAAGCCUACUCACAUUACGACCGCUUUUACAUAGACAAAGAAGUCAACAACUACAGCCUUCAUGCCGACGGAUUCAGCGGCACCGCCGGCAAAACCAGCAGUCUCACCCACACUGGGAGCCAGUUCAGCACCAAGGACAGAGACAACGACCGCUGCACGUGCAAGUGCGCUCAACUCGCCUCGGGAGGAUGGUGGUUCGACGCCUGCGGCCCAUCCAACCUGAAUGGCAUAUAUUACCCCGUUUCAUCCAAUGUACUCCGCUUUAAUGGCAUCAAGUGGUACUACUGGAAGGGUCCAAAUCUGCUGGCUACCAUGACAACCAUGAUGGUGCGCCCUGCUGACUUCAGAUGAAAUUGCCGUGUAGCUCGAUGGAUCGUUGGGAACUUAAUGUUGCAGAUGAAUGUAAUUAAUCAACCAACGGCAAUGAAUAAAAAAUAUAUAUCGGG